AUGCUUUAUAGUAGCCGUUCGGCUAAACGCAAUCCUCGCUCACCCACGUCGGUACCGUUGGGAAUUGGUCUGGUGAUUUUGUGCAGCGUAUCCUUCCCGAUCCCGUCCGUGCAAUGUCUGCCGAAAGUGUUUCGGAGUAACGAAAUCUGCGGUGUGUACAAUGGCCAUCGAGUGUACUUCGAGCUGGGAGAUCGUGGUCAACUGCAAGCGACCAAUGUGUCAGUACCUUACAUUCCUCGAACGGCAUUAGCAAACCAAACCGUUGCCCCAAGCGUUUGCACGCUCGAGCUGGUAACCUGCCCAUCGUGCAAUUUUAAAAUCUCAUUAAGCUACUCAAACUUUCCGGCCAAGUGUUCCGUGCAUAAUGAACUGCCGUGCCGGUGCGAUUAUCUUGAGUUUUCUGAGCCACCGUUCGACUCGACGGAACACACCGGUCGGCGAAACUGUGGCCACGAUGUUGUCUACCAAACGCAAACCCGUUCGGUGUUGAUCAAGUUCGUGUACUGGAGCAAUCACACGCAUGCAUUCACCCUGGAAUAUGUCGCUGAACGUAACCGUGAAACUAUUCAAGCUAAUCCUGGCCCCGCCCAGAAUCUUACCAAUCUGAACAACUAUCUCCAUCAUCGCGUCAUUACCACACCGUACUUCCCGUCGUACUAUCCCCGAGACUUCGGGAAGGAGUAUGUGCUCAGCUGCAAUGUCGAGGCUUGCCGGAUCAAUGUCAUCUUCAGCGAUUUUCAGCUGGCCAAAACGUCCACAAUGGAGGUCUAUGAUUGGAACGGGCAGCGGUUGGGUGCCGUCUCCGGCACCAUAUUCCGUCCACCAGUGUUUCAAAGCACCGGACCAUCGAUGAUCAUACGGUUUUACGCGAACGGUGGCUCUGGGCUGGGGUAUCGUGCGCUGGUGUCCUUCCUGCACGUGGCCAGCGCAUCGGACGUGUCACUCCAUCCGAACACGAACUGUGGUGGAGUGAUUGAAAACAUUGGUGGGGCCAUCACGAUGAUGAAGAUGCUGGCCAGUACCAACGAGACCCGGCUGUACGACUGUGUGUGGUUGCUAAAGCCACCGAACACGUACGCUCAUCUGAAGACGCAUCUAUCGCUGAAGGUGGACACGUUCGAGAAGCUAGGACCGCAUUCGAUGGUGACGAUCAUCCAAGGUACCACCUCGGACGGAACGGUGCUCAGUGUGACGAAGCCGGACAGUGCAGUGACCAAGAAGGAUCUAGUUGUUCCACUGACAUCAGGGUUCUAUGUACAUCUGAGAGCCUCGUUUGGCCAUCUGUCCCGAAUGGCUAUAGUCUAUUCGGGGUUUAGUUAUUUGGAUUGCUACAUGGGGACCGAAUAUCUGUGCCAGAAUCGUAAGUGCAUACCGAUACAGUUGCACUGCGAUGGAUUCGACCAUUGCGGCGAUGAUAGUGACGAGCCGGAAAGCUGCGUGCAGGAAUGGUCGACCGGACCGAUGGAUCGGCGCUGGUAUGCGCAUACCCCGAACUACUAUUUCCCCAAGAUGGACCGCUACCCGGAUCUUCGGACAGCGACCAUCAUUUUCAUCGCGAGCAGCCUUGGGCUGAUCAUGCUUAUAUCGGCCCUUAUCGUGCUGCUCUACCGCACCGGAAGUCGGGCACGCCAGCAACGCGAACUGCACAGUCAGCUGCAAACCAUCAGUGAGCUUCUGGUGAGCGUUAUUUAUGUAGACAGCAACAAUACGCACGGUGCGGAGGAGCUGGACGAUCCGCCGGUGUACGAAGCGCCGCCGGAUUAUGAUGAGAUCAUUAAAGUUGGCAUGGACGAGGAGAUGAAGCGGAAGCGUCGACGACGAUCGUCCUCGUCCGCUUCCGGUCGACGCAGCCGUAUGCGACGGUCACGCCGGCAGAGCAAUGCUUCGGAAGUGAACAACCCCAUCCUGGAGGUGCAGCUGCCCCCGGAAUCGGAUAGCAUUCCGUCGACUAGCGGCUACUCGUUGGGGUUGGGUGCGGGAAUGAGCGACAGUGGUCCAGCGGACAGUGAUGCUUACGAUCGAUACUCCGAUGCGGACAUCGAUGAAGAGGAUCGCGAUCUGCGUAUGGCGAACUGGAGCAACCUGGAGGAGAGCGGCGAUUUCUUCAUCAGCUCCCGCAUACUGGAAACUCCAGCGCCGUCUUCGGGCCCGAGCCAGAGCGUCAUCGUCGGCCAUAGCACGUCCAGUCCGCCCCCAACGUACGACCAAAGCAACGCCCGGUUCUUUGCGAUGCAUGGUGCCACACUCCCGGCGGCCAGCGUUGCGAGCAGCGGUAUGUCGUGCAGCCAUCCGGAAGACAUUGUUCCGCUCACGCUCGGGGUAAACUAUCUGUCCAGUGCCAUUUGUGGAUCACCGAGUGGCGGUGUUACCACUGCAGAACCCACCAUUCCUAGUCACCUGCCAACAUCCGGCACUAUUCCUCCGAUGCCCUUUACAAUUAAUUGUGAUGUUGUGAGCAGUGAUCGAAGCAUCGGUAACAGUAACAGUAUUAACACCAGUACCAGCAAUAGUGUGCUUCCGAGCGGCAACAUGGAACCAGUUACCCGUACCAUACUUCCAACUCCUAUCUGGAACGGUUCCAACCGUGCGGAGCGUCCGUGGCAAACCUUCGGUGGCAGUUUGGACGAACCAAGGCUGGAACGGCAACAGCAACAUCCGGUGCUCGCGCCUUCUAUGGUGCGAAACACCUUCAACUCAUUAGAUAUUGACCAGAUGCAGGAGAUUGAUGCAUAUUUAUUUGGCUACGGUAACGAACCAUCAACUGAUCUUGGGGUCUCGACCGGCAGCAGUCAGGAAACGAUCAACUCCAACCGAACGACUCAAUCACAACUCACAACAUCCGCUUCGUUGGCUCGAAGUUCUUGUCAGUGUGAAUCGAAUAGCCCGCCUAUCAAUCAACCUGCGAGUGCCUCCACAUCGUGUGCUCUUAUCUCCUCUUCUACAGCCACCACCACUAGCUACGAUAUGAUCCGUAAAUACUGUCCUGUCUGUCGGGAGCAACACCUAGCGGAUCGGCAACAGUCAGCCCAAUCACCCAAUGCCGCUGCUAGACAGCCGAGCUCGGUGUACUGCUCAAACUGUAAUGGGCGUAUCGUAUCAGCAGAGUACAUGCAAAUAAUGCCGAACAGUACGCUAUCGCCCAACGAUGUCGAGAGUUUUCAGCAGCACCAGCAACAACAGCCGCAGACUCAACCCGGCUCCUGCACCGAUCCGGCAGGGUCAAGUUCCUUAGGCAAAGUGUGCACCUGCUUAGCAAAGUUUCCGUCGCAAGGUAACAUCAUGCGGACAACGUCUGCUAUUGGGAUGCUACUGACGACACGUACCUUCUCGGUGGAUCAACUGGACGACGGUGCGUUCGCGGGUGGCAGCUUUGGUAAUGAUCGACGAAGUGCACGCAGCUCGUGCAGUGCCGUAUCCAGGUUCGAUGCGUACUUCAAUGCACACUUCGGGACGACCAACAACGAUCGACAGGAUGAAGGCUAA